UGUUCGCAUUCCGAAAUGGCAACGUGAAGUGAAGUGAAGAAUAUAUCUUAAAAUAAUAUCUAAUAUUUUCCAGUAUCCUAAUAAUCAUUCCAAACCAAGGAACUGCUCCAAGGAGAAUUUGCCCCUUAAGAUCAUAAGAGCUUAUUUGUGGAGAGUUUUGAUAGAACUUUACAACAAGUUGCCUCUGCAGUCACGCGGACUUGUCUUCAGCAUGUCAGAACCAGCAGAACAUCAACAACCUCCAAUUCAACCAGCCAUAAAUCAACCUGGUGCAGUUAAUCCAGUACCUCACCAGGUUCAGCCGUAUGAAGCACCUCUAUCUCCACCCAUGGUUGUGCCUGUUGGAGUACCACGUGGUCUCGAGUAUCUCACUCAGAUCGACCAGGUCCUUAUUCACCAAAAAAUGGAGUGUAUAGAGAUGUUCACUGGCUUUGAGACCAACAACCAAUAUGAGAUCAAAAAUAGCCUCGGUCAGUUGAUCUUCCAGGCCAAAGAAAAAACUGACUGCUGCACACGCAACUGCUGUGGUUCAGCGCGCCGCUUUCAAAUACGGAUUAAAGACUACAUGAACCAAGAAGUCAUGUGGGUGCGCAGACCUUACCGCUGUGACUCCUGUUGUUGCCCCUGCUGCCUGCAACUGCUGGAAGUCCAGGCUCCCCCUGGAACAACCAUAGGGUAUGUGAAACAGAACUGUCACCCGUUUUUACCAGUAUUCUCCAUCCAGGGACCUGACAAAAAAGUACUAAUGAAGAUCCGAGGGCCCUACUUGCCAUGUAAAUGCUGUGGUGAUAUAAAUUUUGAGGUAAAAGGCAAAAAGGGUGGGAAGCCUUUUGGUCAAGUCACAAAACAGCGAGGUGGCUGCAUAAGGAAAUGCUUUACUGAUGCCACCAACUACACUGUUCAAUUCCCUAAGAACAUGGAUGUUAAGAUGAAGGCUGUACUUAUGGGUGCUUGCUUCCUCAUUGAUUUCAUGUACUUUGAAAAAGGUGGAAAAUGUUUUUUAUCUUUUUUGUAAGCCCUGCCUUUGUUUUAUUUUGUGAAAUAUUUACAUUAAAUCGGAGAUCUAAAUCCCUGGUGCUCUUUUUUUUUUUUUUAAUCAGUAUCCAAAAUUUAUAAUCAGCUGCCUAAGCUGUUAAAUCAAAUGACAUGUGUACUGUCACACUGUUCAAGAAAUCAAACUGUUUUCUCUGCUCAAGCCACUUAGUUAUGGCAUUUCUAAUCAGUUAUUGCCAUUUCUGUUUUAAACCUGGGCUCUAGAUUAUGCUCUUCAUUUGUCUCUCAUAUAAAUAAAAUUACUAAGUGGCAUUAUGUAGAUUUGUUUAUUUAAUUCAUUUUAUAUUUAGCUUUCUUAACAGAUUUUAAGCAUAAGUUGACAUUUAUACUGCAUUGGUAUUUUUAUUUUUUUUAAAGGUGGAUGUAUACAUUUUAACAAAUUUGCUUUUCAUUUGUAAAGAACUCUGAGCUAAUAUUUGAAUGGAAAUUAGCUACUCUAUGAAUAAAGUACUUAUGGAAUUAAUCACUUUAAGAGUUCAAUUUAAAACUAAAUUUUGUUUAAAAAAGUAUGUUUUAAACUAUGUAUACAGUGUACUAUAUAUAUAUAUA